UAUGUCUUCUUCUAGUUCAUCAAGGUCACGGUCACCUAGAAAGAAUAAGAAAAGAGUUUAUGUGACAGGUUAUUCUCUUAAAGAGGAUUAACAUGAUAUUAAAAAGUUAUUCAAAAAAUUUGGAAAAAUUGAAGAAUUUGCUUGGAAAGGAAAAUAUUGUUUUAUUGUAGAUAUCAUGAAUUAAUUAUAGGAAUUUAAAGAUCCUGAAGAUGCAGAGAAAGCUGUUAAAAAAAUGAAUAAGGAAGAAGUAAAAGGAUCAGUGUUAUAAGUUGAGAUGGCUCGUGGAAAUAAGCCUAGCAAAAAUAAUGGCUUAUGUUAUUCUUGCGGUCAUUCAGGACAUUUGUAAGUUUUAUAUGCUCUUAAGAAUUAAUUUUAGAAUACGAUAUAUUUUAUAUCUAUUCAUUUACCUAUUUUAUUAGUGCUAAGAAUUGCAGACGUAGAUCAUCAUCUUCAAGUUCAUCUAGCUCUAGUAGGUAAAGAAUAGAUAAUAAUAAAUUUUAGUGAGUCUAGAAGAAAACACAAAAAGAAACAUAAAAAAAAGAAGAGUUCAUCCAGUUCAGAUUCCUCAUCAAGUAGUUCAUCUAGAGAUAAGAAAAAGAAAUUGAAUAAGAAGCGAAAGAGUUCGAAAAGGAAAUCAAAGUCCUCAUCAAGAGGCUCUUCAAAAGACUCACACAAUUCAGAGUCUUCCGGCUCGUACUUUUAAAGUUGAAUUCUGUUUAGCGUUGAAGGAGAUAAGUAAGAAAGUAACAACAUCAAAGAAGAUAAACAACCUAAAGAUGAAGAGAAUCAAGGGAAGGCAGGUGAUGGUAAGUAAUGAAGUACCAAUGAUAAUAAAAUAUAAAAUUAGUGUCCAAC